AUGAGGUCCCUCAUCUCCUUCGUGCUGCUGCUGCUCGCUGCCGUGGCCAGCGCCAUCAGCGUCACCGGCGAGAGGCUACUGGUCGUGCUGGACGACGUCGCCGAGAAGGCCGCCUACUCCAAGUUCUUCGGCGAUCUGGACGGCAGAGGAUACAAGAUCACAUACGAGACCCCCAAGAGCGAGAGCUUGAGCCUCUUCAAGCUGGGCGAGCGCGAGUACGACCACAUCGUCUUCUUGCCCACCAAGGCCAAGGGUCUCGGCCCCAGCCUGACUCCCGCCAUCCUCCUCCAGUUUAUCAAUGCCGAGGGCAACAUUCUCGUCGCCCUGUCCUCCAAGAACCCGGCGCCCACCUCCAUCGUCUCGACCCUCCUCGAGCUCGACGUCCACCUGCCCCCGGACAGGAGCGGCCUCGUCGUCGACCACUUCAACUACGAUGUCUCCUCGGCCGCCGAAAAGCACGAUGUCGUCCUUCUACCCGCGCCUGGUGCCCUGCGGUCCGAUGUCAAGGACUUUUUCUCUCCCGACGCCCCCAAUGGCGAGCUCCUCGCUUUCCCCUCCGGCCUGGGCCAGACCCUGGGCUCCGGCGCCCUCCUGACCCCUAUCCUGCGCGCCCCCAACACCGCCUACAGCUACGACCCCAAGGAGCAGGCCGAGUCCGUCGACGACCUGUUCGCGAGCGGCAAGCAGCUGUCUCUGGUCACCUCCGUGCAGGCCCGCAACUCGGCUCGUCUCACCGUGGUCGGCAGCGCCGACAUGCUGAGCGACAAGUGGUUCGAUGCCAAGGUCAAGAAGAGUGGUGACAAGUCGUCCGUGGCCACUCUCAACCGCGAGUUCGCCAAGCGCGUCUCUGCUUGGACUUUCCACGAGAUCGGUGUUCUGCGUGUCAACUGGAUUGAGCACCACCUGAACGAGGAGGGGCAGAGCAACCAGAGCAAUCCCAAGAUCUACCGCAUUAAGAACGACGUGACCUACUCCAUCUCUCUUUCCGAGUACGCUUGGGACAGCUGGACCGCCUUCACUGUUCCCGCAAACGAUGUCUUGCAGCUCGAGUUUAGCAUGCUGUCCCCCUUCCACCGGCUGCCUCUCAAGCCCGUCCUCAGCUCGCCCGAUAGCACCACCUUCUCGGCCUCUUUCAAGCUGCCCGACCAGCACGGCAUCUUCAACUUCAAGAUCAACCACAAGCGCCCCUUCUACACCAACGUUGAAGAGAAGAACACCGUCUCCGUCCGCCACUUUGCCCACGAUGAGUGGCCUCGCAGCUGGGUCAUCAGCGGAGCUUGGCCCUGGAUCACCGGCAUCGGCGCCACCGUUGUUGGGUGGCUCGCAUUUGUUGCCAUUUGGCUGUACAGCAAACCCGUGGCUGGCGGAGAGACCAAGAAGACCAGAUAA